AUGGAGUCUCAACACCCAGAUGGCCCUGUCUUCUCCAACAUCGUUCACGCUCCUGAGGAUCCCAUUCUUGGGGUCAUUGUUGCUUAUAACCAGGAUACCAGCUUGAUCAAGUUGAGUUUGGGUGUGAGUGCUUAUCGAACAGAGGAAGGAAAACCUCUUGUUUUGAAUGUAGUGAGACGAGCAGAACAGCUGUUGGUUAAUGACCCGUCCCGGGUCAAAGAGUAUCUUCCCAUUGUUGGACUGGCGGUGUUCAAUAAAUUGAGCACUAAACUCAUUUUUGGUGCUGACAGCCCGGCUAUCCAAGAAAAUAGAGUAGCUGCUGUCCAAGGUUUGUCUGGUACUGGUUCACUGAGAAUUGGAGCUGAGUUUCUGGCAAGGCAUUACUACCAGCAUACAAUUUACAUUCCAGUGCCCACAUGGGGAAACCACUCAAAAAUUUUCACCAUGGCGGGGUUGUCUGUGAAGGCAUGCCGCUACUGUGACCCAGAAACACGUGGGCUAGACUUCAAAGGCCUGUUGGAGGACCUUGGUGCAGCGCCAACAGAAGCAACUGUGCUUCUUCAUGCAUGUACCCAUCUACCACUCCUCAUCCUCUCAAACUUUCACUUGCAUCAUACCCACGUUCAAGCUCACCGCCUUCCUUCACACUCAUUGCCUCUAGCGAUACCCAUAAUAUGCUGGAGAGAUGUUACCAUCUUCAAGCAUUUUGAUGCUAAAGUCAAGGGCAAGGGUUUAACUUUCGAAGUUAGCCGUGGUGUGGCUGUGGCAGUGGUAGCAGCAGCAGCCAUGCUUCGACUUUCUCAUAUUGUCAAUGACCUAUACAUGAAUCCUAUCUCUGUUAGGGACUCGUCUCAUUCUCAGUAG